AUGAAGGGGACACGCGAGAGAGCAGUCCAAACGGACUCCCCUCGCAGUGACCCGGAUCCCUCCAGACAGGUCCUGUGCGGCCACUGUCUUCCGAGGACGAACGAGGUGACCGCAUUUGUUUUUUCUGCCGAUGCGGGCCGAGGCUUUUGUUCAUCUCGGUGUUCCGGAUGCUCGUGUGUGAACACCGGACAGUUUUCUCUUCCUCCAGAGAGCGCGCCCGAAAGGCGUUUCCGAAAGGCCGAGAGCAGAGGCGGAUUAAAGAAGACGCAGGAGAAGUGGCGUCUUUGCGAGAGGGGAGCAGACGAGCUCCCUCCCUGGCAGUUUCGCUCAACAGAGAAAGGAAGAGCACACGAUAAGGAUGGUGCGAAGUUCUACUUGCACCAGGGGGCGGACCGUCCUGACGACGCUCUCGAUCUCGCUAGCGUCGCGGCAGCUGAACCUUCCCUACCUAUCCUUGAUCCUGGCAUGGUUGCCGCCACGGGAGCGUUUCUUCUGCUUUUUGCAGGUUUCAUUUUUGUGACUUGCUUGUACGCCAUGGUCAUAUCUAAGCUUGACUGGGGUAGUACGGCGGAAACGAAUACUAGGCCAGUACAUGAGGGGGAACAAGAAGGCCGGUCCGCUGUUGAAGCCAUUCGGGAUGACUAUUACUACUGUCUUCUCGCGCCUCUCUCUCUUGUCACAUUGUUCCCAUUUGUGCAUUGGAAUUGGCUGAGUAUGAAAUUUUUCCGUCAUGCGUGA